GUUGUAUGCAUAGAUAACAAAGGUUCAUGCUAUGGAGCUAAACAUGAACAGCAAAGAGGAUUUUAUAGUAGACAAAAAAAAUGUUUUGCAAAGUAGCAUAAUUAAUUCCACAUUAAGAGACUGGCAAUGCUUAAAAUGUGAAAUCACAGCGACUAAUUUGAUGUAUCCUGUUUUUCUGAUAGAAAAUGACGAUGACAUACAACCUAUUGAAAGUAUGCCAGGAAUAUCCAGAUUUGGUAUAAAUAAACUAAGAGAUCACUUAGAAAUUCAAGUUUGUAAUGGUUUAAAAUCAAUUCUUGUCUUUGGUGUUAUAGAGACGCUACCUAAGGAUAAAAUUGCUACUCAUGCCGAUAGCAAGGCAAAUCCAGUUAUAAAAUCUUUGCCUCUACUUCGUAAGUGGUUUCCAGAAGUAACUAUUGCAUGUGAUGUUUGUUUGUGUCCUUAUUCUGAAAGUGGACACUGUGGAAUUUUAAACAAUGAUGGUUCAAUUAAUAAUACAGCCAGCCUAAAAAGGAUAGGAGAAAUUGCCCUGGCUUAUGCCAAAGCAGGAGCUCAUAUUGUUGCACCAUCUGACAUGAUGGAUGGCCGAAUAGGUGCAAUAAAGAGUAUUUUACAAGCACACAAUCUUCUUAAUAAAGUAGCAGUUUUAUCUUAUACUGCAAAAUUUGCCUCCAGUUUUUAUGGACCCUUUAGAGAUGCAGCCAAAUCAAAGCCUGCCUUUGGCGACCGUAAGUGCUACCAGCUUCCUCCGGGUAGUUCGGGCCUUGCGAUUCGGGCAGCGGAUAGAGACGUACAAGAAGGCGCCGACAUGCUGAUGGUAAAGCCUGCCAUGGCUUACAUGGAUAUUCUAAAAGAGGUCAAGGACAAAUAUCCGCAUUAUCCGAUGUUUGUUUAUCAAGUAUCUGGAGAAUAUGCCAUGAUUUACCACGCUGCCCAAAAGGGGGCGUUCGAUCUGAAACUAGCUUUAAUGGAAAUUUUGGGCUCUCUUAGACGGGCAGGUGCUGACGUCAUUAUCACCUACUACACUCCAUUCGUUUUGGAGUUAAUUAAAGGCAAAAGCAAAUUGUAAAAAUUAAAAAGACAAACAAAUACAUAGGUUAUGGUGUUUAUUUAUUGUUUAAUAUAUUAAACAUUUUGUUGUCACUGCAAACUAUACGGUUU